AUGGAGCGAUUGACGGACCGAGAAUCAAGUGUACGUGUACAGGCAGUUAUUGCACUUGCACGUCUCCAGACGGACGAGGAUGGCACCGAUGAGCAUACACUGCGCCUACUCUUGCACCUCUUACGGCACGACAUGAGCGCCGAUGUACGACGUGCUGCCCUUUUUAACAUUGCACCAACGCCCGCAACACUCCCAUUCCUGCUUGAGCGCUUGCAAGAUGUUGAUGCAACGAACCGGCGAUGCGUCUACCUUGGUUCGCUAAAAAUGCUGCUCGACACACAGCCGCUUGUUGAGCGGCAAGACGGGCAUACGGUGCGAGAGACGCUGGGUCUUGGUGAAGUGUCGCUCUCAGAAGUCAUCCGCAUUGGGUUGCAUGAGCGUGAUCUCAGUGUGAAGAAGGCUGCUCGUAAGCUGGUAGCAUUUUGGUUUGAGGCUGUGGGCAACGAUAUACUGACGCUGCUGGAUCACUUGCACGUAAGCCGCAGUGCGAAUGGGGAGCCCGCUGUAUUAGCUCUACUGGAGGAUAUGGCGGAUGUUCGAAAUCAAGUCGCCGCUUGGCUUACCGAGCAAGAUACCUACUGGCAGACUGUCACACCCGCCAAAGCGCUGCUGGCCAGAUGCUUUGUGCUAUACUGCUCGACAAACGGACAAGAACGAGAGCUUGAAGCUUGCCUUCCUGUCGUGACUGCUCUUGCCUUCCGAAUUCAAUCCGAAUAUGAUGCAUUGAACCGAAUCCUUGAGCAACAGGCGGCUGAGGAGAUGGAAGAAGACAUGCCUGCCGUUCAGGACGAUAGCGCCUUGUCGCGAAUUUUCAUCGUAAGCGAGAUGCUUGCAAUUGCCAUGCAUUGUGACUAUGCGGAUGAAAUGGGUCGGCAGAAAAUGUACAUGCUCGUGCGGGAAAUGCUCGGCAAUGCGUGGCUGCCAGCAGAGCUCGUGCCGCGAUGUCUUGAUGUACUGUUGCGACUCUCGAGCGGGCAACGGGAUUUUCUCCAAAUGGUCGUAGAACUUGUUCAAGCUCUCGAUGCUGAGAUGGAUGAAUUCGGCGACGAUGCCGAUACGUCUGUCCGCCAAGCUUUGUCAUGGCAUCAACGGGUUGCUGCGGACGGCAACCAGUCGCAAGCAAUGACGCUCUCGCCGGAACAAGCGGCUAAUAAGGCAGCUUUGGAUGCACGUCGUCUUUUAAUUGUGCGAUCUAUGCUCGAGCGCAUCGCAUGUUCGUUGCAGGACGAUGCGUCGCUGGAAGGUUUGAUCCAGGAGCUCAUUGUUCCUACAGUCCAAAGCCGCGAUGCUGCUCUUCGCGAGCAGGGUCUCGUUUGUCUUGGUCUGUGUUCCUUACUCGAUGCAAAAACGGCUCUGGUAACAUUCCCGCUCUUACUCAAUCAAAUCCAGCGUGCAUCCGGAUCAAUCCUUGCGCGCUGUGUCGAAUGUCUUUUUGAUCUAACGAUUGUGCAGGGCAUUGACUCCCUUUGCGCUCAAAGCGCAGAUGUAGCUGCACAGAAUGAGUUUGAUGGGGAUCGCGAACAAGGCAUGCGAUUUGCUCGUCAGCAAAUGAUCGGCUUCCUUUUAAGUCUGCUCGAGCAUGAUGAUUCUCAUGUUCAGACUAUUGCCGCUGAAGGAAUGGCGAAACUGAUGCUUACAGGCGUCUUGGUGGAAGACGACGUGCUCAAGAGCUUGAUCCUGACGUACAUGAGCCCGUAUCUGGUCGACAAUGCAGCAUUGCGCCAAUGCCUGAGCUACUUUCUCCCGCUCUUUUGCAGUUCACACGUGCGGCAUCAGCGUAUGAUCCAGCAUGUGUUUUGUGACGUGCUAAGUGUGCUUGUGAGCGUUUAUGACGAUGUGCAAGCUCCGCCAAAAAUGAUCUCGCCAUCUCAAGUGGCGACGCAGCUCCUCGAUUGGUGCCAUCCGGCGCAUCUCAUGUACGUAUGCUUUUACUACACCAUCUCUACUCACACAUACCAGGUUGACGCAACCUGA